AUGCAAGACGCGACCGACGCGAUCGAACAAGUAAACGAGACUGCACAAGCUGCGGACUCCAACAGUGGAGUCCAAGAAGGAUUCGGAGAUUUGGUAUCCCGGCUCUCUGAGGGUGAUGUCAGCAACGACACCUGGGUUCUUGCUUGGGAGACGAUCGGUCAGCCUGUGCUGCUCGCGAUCUUUCUUAUCAUCGCUGUGUUCAUCGCUGCUGGAUGGGCUCGCAAGCUUGUAGGAAAGGCAGUCCGCAAAGCCAAUGUUGAGGAAACACUCGCUCGAUUCCUCUCCAAUAUGGCGCGCUAUAUCGUACUGAUAGCCGGCGGCGUUGCGAUCCUUGGGACCCUCGGCAUCGAGACCGCGAGCUUCGCGGCGGUCCUCGCAGCCGUCGGCUUUGCGAUCGGUAUGGCGAUGUCCGGCAUGCUCGGCAACAUCGCAGCGGGGAUCAUGCUGCUGCUCUUCCGUCCGUUCAAGGUGGGUGAUGUGGUCGAUGCUGGGGGGGUGACGGGCAAGGUCUUUGAGAUCGGGUUGUUCACGACGGUCUUUGAUACGCCGGACAAUCGUCGCAUCAUCGUCCCGAACAACUCGAUCUUCGGCGACAACAUCGAGAACGUCUCGUUCCACAGCACUCGUCGCGUCAAUGUCGUGGUCGGGACUGACUACGGCGCGGACAUUGACAAGGCGCGUGAGGUGCUUCUGGAAGCCGCGAAGAACUCGCCCAAUGUCCUCGAGGACCCCGCUCCAGCGGUUGUGCUGACUGGAUUGGGUGGUUCGUCCAUCGAUUGGGACGUCCGCGUGUGGGUGAAAGCCGAGGAUUUCUGGGGCGUUCAAGAUCGCUUAACUCGCGACGUGAAGUACGCGCUGGACAACGCUGAGAUCGGCAUCCCGUUCCCGCAGAUGGAUGUCCAUAUCGACGGGAAAGUGGUCGAGGAGGAGCUGACGCAUGUCGCCGUAGUCGGUGCGGAACCAUUCCCCGAUCGGGAUCGCGAAGCCUUGCUUGGGUCGAUCGACGAUGUGGUCGGGGAGGUAUUUACGGGCGACUUGUUUGAGGAGGCCUUUGCGUUCGCCGUUGGGCAUGAGGGUGUUGAGCGGAGUCCGCAUCGCGGCUUCGACAAGAUCGCGUGCGAGGAACGGGGCGCGGACUUCAAGACCAACCGCCAUGGACGCGGUGUCGGUCUUGCGGAGCAGGUCGUCGGGGAGGUAGUGGGUAAAGUCGUAUCGGAGUGGGUCGUCGAUUCGUACAAAGCGAUCGAACCUAGAAGAAAAGUCAUUGGUUAUGUGUACGAGCUUGUUCAGAUCAGGAGUCGGGAAGAUCGCGAGAAGUUCGCUAUACCCGCCGUAGCGAGCAGCGGUGGCAAGGCGUGCGAGGUAGGUGGUCUUGCUUCCGGGAUGCCGUUGAUCAAGCAGCGAGGUGGGGAUGAACUUGAGCAUGUGAUGCCAGCGGUUGAGCAUCGGCGCGAUGGUGUGUCUGCGGUAUCCGCCGAAGAGUUCGUCGCCGCCGUCUCCAGAGAGCGCGACCUUGAUGUGCUCGCGAGCGGCUUUCGAGACCCAGUAGGUCGGGAGCAGCGAGCUAUCACCAAACGGGAGUCCGAGAUGCUCGAUCAGUUUGAUGAGGUCCUGAGCAGGGUUCAGCUCGCAAUCGAGUGUCGUGUGAUCAGUGCCGAUGGUUUCUGCUGUCUCUUGGGCAGCGACAGAUUCGUCGUGCCGAUCGUCGGGCAUGCGGACGGUGAAGGUUUUGAUGUCCGGGCGUUCUUGAUGAGCGAUCGCGGCGAUGAGUGCGGAGUCGAUCCCGCCUGA